UCAUCUGCGAGGUUAGAGGUGUAUGAACCAGUAGUGCCCUACUGCCCUGCUGUGUGUACCCUAGAGGUCCUGGAUGUGGUCUGCCACAUUUUGAACACAAACAUUACUUCGCCACUACUGUCCCAACCCGAGUCUGCCUUUCCCGUGACAAGGAGUGAUGAUGGUGGCAGUGAUGUGGUUCUGCUUGCUGGCGGUGUUUGCAGCGGGAACAUUGGCCGUCUCCGACGUGGGUGAAGGGAAGGCUUUCUUGAGGGCGGUGGAUGCCGGCGGGGCGCCGUACAACCAGCCCUUUCCGCUCCUCUACGAGGAGAUCGGCGAAAAGAAUUCAGACUCCACAGUGCCACGAUGUCAACAGCUGAGAGAGCCUGGCAUUUGCCGCGCCAACAUUCCGCGCUGGUACUACGACAGCAAGGCCGACAACUGUCGUCACUUCAGCUACGGCGGCUGUCGGGGUAAUGACAACAACUUCCCCACCGAAGAGCAUUGCCGCGCCGCCUGCCUCGACAAGGUGGUGUGUCCAACUGACCCCGCCAAGACGUGCCGGGUAUCGGAGUCUGCUUGUGUUAACGCCACCUGCCCUCUCCACCCCGACGCCGUGUGCUCCGUGCUGCCCUGCUCCUGCCUGGAAGUUUUCAUGGACAGCAAUGGACUGCCUGUGGAGUGCGCCGACGCCACCAUCAUUCCCAACACCACGCCACCGCCAGAUGCCACCACUCCGGAGUUUGGUGACGGUGAUCAAGAUAGCACGGAGCCCGGGCGAGCGCUGUGGUACAUGGCAGUGGUGGUCAUGAUAAUGAUAGUCGUCGGGUUGCUGCUGCUGGGGUUGAGUGCAGUGCUCCGCAGGCUUCGUGGGCCACGCGGCAGGUCUUGCAGCACAGCCACACUCAUCAGAUCCGAGUGCAAAGCGUCCAGCAGAGGAGCCACACCGGUAGACGAACACGACAUCACGUGAGCUUCACCCGGGGAGCGGCGAGGUGCUGCAAGGAUGGCAGGUUUUAACAUUUUAAACAGCGCGUGCGUAGUCAAUACCACAGUUUGGGCUGAAGCUUGGAGGCAACAUUCUUAAAAUUUUUAAUAUGUAACUUAUUUUAUCCUAUCAAUAUUUUCUAGCAAUGUAGUUUUGUGUGUGCAAGAGAGCUUAGCAAGAUUAGUAUUCUUGUAUAUUAUAAUGUAGGCGUUUCUGUCUUGCAAUGAGCAGCAGACGUAUGUUGAGUUUUUGGGACAGGGAAAAAAAUAAUUAUGAGACCAUCUUAAGAAAAUUAGUGACCACUAGACGGAAAGUGAAGGCACACGACAAGUAAGACGGCGAGCUCGUGAGGAGACAGCGUAAGGUAAUCUCGUUAAAACGCCUUCGGGCACCAUACUAUUCCAGUAAACGGUAACUGAAAGAGCGAUAAACUCUAUAGUACUAGAAGCGGCUGUUUAUUUUCUUAUCAUAAUAAAAAUAAAAAAAAAAAGUCCGGGGAAGAGAGGAGUGCUUGAGUUUAAGACCACUAUGAAAUCUUUGUGUAUUUUACGUUACCUGUUGUGUACACGCUCUGUUUAAUAAGGAAGUGUGUGUAGGUCAUGGUGUUUUGAGUAUGUGUAGGAAUGAUUUUGUUCAGUAGAAAAUCAAGCCACCGUGGUAAUUACGACUGUUCCCGAUACGCCAUCGAAGAGAGAAGAAAAUAAAAGACAGUUUAUUACAGAUGCGCAAGAAGCUGUGUUCAAUACCCAAUGCAGUGCCGCGGCUUACCUUGAAUGUUUGUUGAAGAAAAUAUAUAUAUAUUUUUUUUACAUUGUGAAUGGUGAACGAAUAUUUUUGCUCGUCGAUUUAACUAACGUUAGUUUGAAUGGACUGUGUGUGUGUGUGUGUGUGUGUGUGUGUGUGUGUGUAUGAAAACGAAAACCUUCCUUAACUUCAUUGAAAUUGAUAUAAUAAAUUAUCUCUGCAAAUAAAACUACGUAUCUUUUAUUCUUGACUCAUGGAGAUUGUGAAUUUGUGAAUUGAAUGUAUCCUCAGUUGGCGCACGUGUACCAGCACACAAAUCCUUGGACGGCCAAGAAAUGAAUAAGUGAUGUUGCUCAUGAGGACUUCCUAAGCUAUUCAGAUUCUAAUAACGCCCCAAUGCCUUACUCAGGUUGCUGCAUUUUUUGGUAACUAUUUCCAGAGUUUUCGUAUAGAAUGAGAAAUCUUUUCAUCCUCGUGUUGCUGGCGGGCGUCCGCGUGGCGUGGAGCUUGACGGAGGGAACCCCUAAUUGUCCCGUGGUCGGGAACUGGAGUGACUCCGAGGGAACGAAGGUGCUGAGGGUGUGGAGUUCCGCUCCGGACAACACAUCAGCCAUUGAACGCAUGGAGCUCAGCGCGAGCGGCUACAAGAUCACCCACGAGAACACUAACUCCACUACUACGAAUAUUUACAGCAGUCCCGCUUUUGUUGUUUUAAUGACGAACGCCACGGGCCCCGACAACCAAUCCAGCACCGAAAAGACGAUCGUGCAGCUGAUUUGUGCCAACAACAUUCUUUACGUUGAUGUGCUGCCAGUCUUAGAUUCAGCAACUAGUGAGAUGGCGUUCACGCUUCGCCGCAGCACGGUGAUGCCGCUGAACGAGGAGCCCCAAGAACCGCCCGCAGCCUCCCCUACCGCCUCACCGCAGUUCAUUCUCGUCAACAUCACUUUCCCGCGUCGCCAGGAUGAUGACACAGGGGAAUACAUGGAAGGCUAUUCUGACGCCCAGGGCAGCGACCCAUUCGCGCCCUCCCAGGAUGAGGCGGUGACCUAAGAAUUGACAUUUUGAGUCCACUUCUAGGAAUCCACGUUCUCCCAAAACAUGAGAAAGGAGGUGAAAUACAUACGUGAAAUUCUAAAAAAGUUUCCCGGAAGUUAACACUGGAUUUUUCCUCUUCACUAUAUUACAUAAUCAUAGCAAA